AUGUCGGGUGUUGAAGCGGGUGCAGGUCUAGCGUGGCGGCUGCUCGCUACCUUAGAAGGAGGGACGCUCCUGUUGGCUACAUCAGCACUCCUGGCUUACACUGCCAGGAAGAAACUCACCACAAGAAAGAGGAUCUAUAGACCCAUCAAAAAUGUCUUCAUAACGGAUACUACUAGUGUACUGGGUCGACAACUACACGCGCGUCUCACGGAGCGAGGGUGUUCCGUGUUCACGACGAAUUGUGGAAAUGGGAAAAACAUUGACUGUCUGGUUGUGAUCGGGGCGGACUGUAAGGACGGACUAGACGGACUAGACGGACUUACACAGCUGGUCACUGAAGACGUCUAUAAAAACCUACAGUCCUUAGAAUCUUUAUCAUCCCACGUGGUAGCUGGUGGUACCAUCGUGUGGUCGUGGUUUGUAAAGAGUCACGGCCCUUACAGCUCAGCAGCGGCCGCCUUCCGCGUGGUCAUGAAAACCGCCCUCAUGCACGUCGCUAAAAUGUAA